AGUGUAGCCCCCAGCGCCCUCGCUGCUCUAAACCGAGUUCGGUGCCAAAUAUUCCAGACAGCCUACAACCCUACCUCGAUCAGGACAGGUGCGAAGUACUUGCGUCGACGGCUACGAGGGCCGUCUAUGGUCAAAUAUUACCCUCCGUACGAAGCGCUGUCAAUAGCGAAAAUAAUGAAGCAGUACCCGGAGUGGGAUAUUGUGGACGAGGCAGAGCAGCAGCGGCUCCGGGAUAUUGAGGACAAAAAGAAGAGAGGAAAGGGUGCUCCGAAGAAGGCGAAGGCGAGAGGU